UAAUGUCAAGAGCAUUUAAUGAGGGUAUGUUCUCCCUCUUCUCUCUUCUGCAGGUCAAAGCAACCAGCCAAAUUUCUAUCCCCAAUUCUUUCCCUUUCCUUGUCGUCUUCUUCUUCUCUCCUUCUUUCCUUCUCUGCAAAACUACUUCACCUCAUCCCAGAAUUCAAAAUUCAAAAUUUAAAAGUUAAACUCUCUCUCUCUCUCUCUUAUUUACCAUGAACAUAUGAACACACAAAUGCUAUGACUUUUCAUCUUCAUUUUAGAGUGAAAUUAAAUCAGAGACGGAUAGGGUUUCCAUUAGUGAUCUCUGGUUGGAUGUUCUUCAAGAAUAGGUUUGUAUGUCUCAUCAACAGUCAGAUCUGCAUCAAUGUUAGGUGUUUUCGGUAGAGAUGGAAUUCCAGCACUGAUCGAUGCCUGAUUUGGUGGGGUUAAACCCGUACUGCAGCGACAUAUCAGAUUCCAGUCAAGCCUAGGGUUCCGGCGAGUACUUAGAGCAAUUUGCUUAAAUCUAUGGGAUACUUUAGCGUUAACGGGCCAGUUGUAUACAUCAAGAAACAAUCAAAGAUCUCAUGGACAAGGGAAGUUAAUUUUUCUUCUCAUUAAAAUAAAUGUUCUAUGCUCCAAAUUUUUAUUGACAUGUUUAAAUAUUUUAUAUAUUGUUGAUGCAAAGUUUUACUAUUCUUACAAGUAUUUACUUAAAUAUUGUGGUAUAAUUAACAAAAGUAUACAGAUUCCCAAGAGUCUAUGGUUUUAAUGGACUAAGAUUGGCUUAAAUUUGAGAGAUAUGUUUGGCUGAAUUCUUAUGUUACUUCUAAGCAUUUUUAGGAAAAAAGAGUUUCGAAUAGAAUUGUUUUUUUAGUUAAUGUACCACUAUAGUAAUAACAAUAAUAUAUAAAUAUGAAAUUUUCGGUUCAUGCAGGAUGUUGCUGUCAGGUUAUUUGUAUAUAAAGAGUUUUCAGAUGAUGUGAUUGUAUCUUUUAAAAUGGAGGCAGUUUUUAUUUUUAUUUUUUUACAAUUUUAGAGAAGAUGUUAUCAGUUCACCUUAUGUGGAUAAUGCAUGAUUCGACAUUGACUCGUGCAGUCCUGCAACUGAUUUGUCUUUUAUGCUACAGAUGAGUGGUUCAAGAAUGAAAAUAGAUGGAAGAUUGAAACCUUGUGCUCACAUCGGCUGUUGUGAUAUUGAAGUGUUUUUGGAAAUGAAUCAACGAUCUCGUAAGGCAAGCCCUUUUAUCAACUCGUUGACAUUCAAAUUUGGAGUAAAUUGCUUCCUAAUUUACCCAAGAAGUUGCAAGUGCAAGUAUGAAAAGGCACCCGGAAGUUCUGAUGCCCAUCCGAAAGAGAAAUUUAAGCGCGAUAGUCUCUACAUAAACGACCAAGGGAAAUUCAAACACUUCAAUCAUAAAAAAGUUUCAAGGAAAAGGGGUGGUUCUUUAAGGGGGCAGGGAUGGAAAUAUGGAUCAGGGUUUGUGGAUGGAAUAUUCCCAUUGCUGAGCCCUGAUGCUCAGCAGAUUUUGAAUUUCAUGAAAAAGGAGAUGGAUUUGAACAGGGUAUGUGAUGCUCUUAGUAGUCUUCCUCCUACUCACACUACAUGGGAUGACAUCAUUAGCGUUGCUGUUCAACUUCGUCUCAAUAAAAGAUGGGAUCCGAUCAUAACGGGAGAAAGAGGUGAGUGUCACUUUAUACAAGUAUGCAGAGGAGAUGAACACAUACAUGCCAUCAAAAAAUUAAAGAAGUGCACGUGGUGAUGGGACUAGACAACUAGGAACCGUCUUUUCUGAGGUAUGUCAGCCUCCAAAUAAUGGAAAAAGUGGGCUUCUUAGAGCUGAUUGCCAAGGAGAAAAUCCAAAGGAAGCGUGUUUGAACCAUUUAUUCAAACAUUCAUAAAAUUUGUUGUUGGUUUUGUGUCUUAUAUUUAAGUGUUUUAGGACAUAAAUCUAUUAAUUAAAAUUAAAUUUUUCUACCCGCGAAGCUUGCGGGCUCUAACCUA